GUCCUGUUAAAUAGAUUACCGGCCAAGGCUCAUCAUGGCGGCUGCCGGAGUUCCCUGGCUUGUCCCGGCCUUCAUGGCCAACUUCACCACUCCUCCUGAUCAUUCUUUCUCUGAUCCUGAUCCUAAUUCUCAGCCUCAGCUCCACAGUCCUUUUGACAUAGCUGAGUACUUGCUCAACAUGGAUGAUGACAUUGGUGAUGCUGUUCAGCAGCAGCAGCAACAGCAACAACAACAGCAACAGCAGCAGCAGCAGCAGCUUUCUCAAGUCAUGCAAGGUGGCAGCUCCAGCAGUAAUACUUGUAUGAUGGAAGGAGGAAUGAGAGUGGCGUUUAGAACAAAGUCAGAGGUGGAGAUAUUGGAUGAUGGAUUUAAGUGGAGGAAGUAUGGGAAGAAAUCAGUGAAGAAUAAUUCACAUCCAAGGAACUAUUAUAGGUGUUCAACUGAAGGGUGUUCAGUGAAGAAGAGGGUGGAGAGGGAUAGAGAGGAUCCAAACUAUGUGAUUACCACUUAUGAUGGUGUUCAUAAUCAUACUAGUCCUAGUGUUAUUUAUGACACAAUGAGAGAUGAUACUUCUGGUCAGUUCUUAGUGUCUGGUUGCCAAAUGCGGUCUACACCUUGAUGUAUAAUUAAGUUUUUCAUCCAUGCAUGCAUGCAUGCAUGUUGAUGUUUAAUUAGUUGUAAUGCUUGUUUGGGGUUGUAUCUCUCUCUCUCUCUCAUCCCUUAAUCUUCCCUUGUAAUGAACUUAGUACUUCUGAUCUUCCAGUUUAUAUAAGUGAAAG